UAGUGGCAGGCGGUUUGUUUACUUCCGGGAUCCAGGCUGCUCGCGCUUCCUUCUGUCUCCUAGGCGCCUCCCCCUCGAGCCUGUCAUGGGGGAGGCCGAGGAGCAGGUGCCCGAAUCUGGUGCUGUAUUCACAUUUGGAAAAAGCAAAUUUGCCGAUAAUGUGCCUAGCAAGUUUUGGUUUAAAAAUGACAAGCCUUUUCACAUAUCAUGCGGAGAUGAACAUACUUCUGUUGUAACAGAAAAUGGUAAACUUUACAUGUUUGGAAGCAAUAACUGGGGUCAACUCGGAUUUGGAACAAGGAAUACUGUCAACAAACCAACUUGCGUGAAAGCUUUAAAACCAGAAAAAGUAAAACUAGCUGCUUGUGGGAGAAACCACACCUUGAUUUAUACAGAACAAGGAAAUGUAUAUGCUGCUGGAGGUAACAGUGAAGGGCAGUUGGGAUUAGGUGACACAGAGGAAAGAAGCACAUUUCAUCUAAUUAGUUUUUUUAGUAACCAGCACAAGAUCAAACAGCUGGCAGCUGGAUCCUACACGUCAGCAGCACUAACUGAGGAUGGACAGCUUUUUAUGUGGGGGGACAAUUCCGAAGGACAAAUUGGUUUGGCUGAUGAAGCUAAUGCAUAUGUUCCUCAUCAAGUGGAUGUUGGUAAACCCGUUUCCUGGAUCUCUUGUGGAUACUACCACUCCGCCUUAAUAACACGAGAUGGAGAACUUUAUACUUUUGGGGAGCCUGAGAAUGGAAAACUGGGUCUUUCAAAAGAGCAACUGAAAAACUACAAGGUCCCACAACUUGUUUCUGGAAUUUCUGGUAGGGCCAAUAAGGUUGCCUGUGGAGGAGGACACACAGUAGUGCUUGCAGAGGGGAAGGUCUACACAUUUGGCCUUGGCCAAUAUGGGCAGCUUGGACAUGGUACAUUUAUUUUUGAAAUUUCUGAACCAAAGAUAGUGGAUUCUUUGAGAAAGCAUAAAAUCUGUAACAUUGCCAGUGGGGAAAAUCAUACAGCUUUAGUAACAGAGAACGGCCUUAUGUACACCUUUGGAGAUGGACGGCAUGGCAAAUUAGGGCUUGGGGAAGAAAAUUACACAAAUCAGUUUUUUCCUACGCUGUGUUCCAAUUUUUUGGGGUUUGCUAUACAGUCGGUCUCCUGUGGUGGUUGUCACAUGCUAGUUUUUGCCACACCGAGGCCUAAAGAACUGGGUGAAACUCAUGUGUCAGACCAAAAGGAACACCACUUGUCUGCUGUGGUCUCUGAAGUGGGUGGAGAUGCAUUAGUAAUAGAUACCUUCCAUCGGACGUUAUCGGCACGCUUGCGGCGGAGAGCAAAGGACAAAUCACCGGAACAGGUUAGCCGGCUGGUACGAACACUUCCUCCACUAGGAGAAGGUCCUUCAAAGCUUGCAUCCUGUGCCAUCAGCAACACUCUCCCCCUUGGUGUACUCAGAUCAAACCACCUUGACUCAGAGGCAGCUGAUGGAAGUCAAGGCACCCAAUCUGCUUUGGAUGGUGAAACAGGAGAUAAGAAAGAGGAGAAAAAUGAUUCAGAAGAGAGCUCAACAGAAGAUGAUUCAGAUGAAAAUGAGGGUAGAACCCUUGGGAGCACCACAGAUGUCUUGAAUAUGACCCACGUGAUGAGAGUGAAUCCCGUUGACCAUUCCUUAGAGUUAGCACCAGUACAAAAACAGAAGAAGAAAAAUAAAAAUGGGAAACUGGAUAUUCAUGGUAAGGGUGGGAUGAAAGAGUCUGUUCCUCCCAGAGUUCAGAAGGUUCUGGAAUUGGGUGGUGCAUCUUCUCAGGUGGAACCUACACAUUCAGAGUGUCUAGGAAAGGAUCCCAAUUUAGAAAAAAGUUUUUACGAUGCUUUUGUGAGGAAAAUUAAAGCUGGUAAAAAGUACUCAAAAAGUAAGUCUGCACAGGCCAUUACUGAUAGGGCACUGAAGCCUGACACUGACCAGACUAUUAAAAAGGAAUUUAAAGUAGCAAAAAAGGGAAAAUUGGACCAAGUAAAUUCAACCCCUCAGGAGCUGCCAUUCAGCCAUGCUAGUGAUGGUAUGAUAGAAAAACACUAUGUGGAUUGCCAGGAAAAUAAAGCAGAAGCUAAAGUAGUGAAAUCUGAUAAAUAUGGCAAAAUAUAUGUGCAAGGUAAAGAAAACAAUGAAAAACAGAGAGAGUUUAAACACAAGGAGAUAUUUAUGAAGCAAACAGCAGUAACUGUGUCAUCAUCUUCAAGUGAGGAAACUAGUAAUGAGUCAGCAAAAUAUGUUCUUCAGAUAAACCAGUUUAAUUAUGGCAAAAUAACAAAGAGAGAAAUGGAUGUAGAAAACAGAAAUAUAAAUUGGGAGAAGGAGCAAAAUAAAGAAAAGGGGUGUUUUGAAGAUACCAGUAAUCAAGCUCAGAGUGAAGAGAAUGAAAAUAUAGAUAGUUCAGAUAAGGCUGCCAAGUUAGAAGAAGAGAAUCUUGAAAGUGGGCAAGACAAUGAAGAAUGUGGAGUGGUUGCAGAAGAAGCUGAAAACGAAGAGGAGAAGCAAGAUGGAAAAAAUGACAGUGAAGUAGAAUCUGAAGGAGAAGAAGGUGAAAAUGAAUCAAAUAAAGAAGAUGACCCCGUAGCCAUUGACAGAGAUGAAGAAGUUAAAAUGCAGUCUAAAGCAGAAAAUGUGGAUAGGCUGGAGAAUGAGGUGGAAGAAGGGAAAGUUGACACAGAUUUUGAACUGCAAGAGGAAGAAGCAGAAGAAGAAGAUAUAGAUGAGGCUGUAAUGGAAGAAAAAUAUGAAAACAUAGAGGAGGGUGAAUUUGUAAAGGAGAUUGAGGUGGUAGAGGAGGAGCAAGAGAAGAAUGAAUGGGUGGAAGAGGAGAAAGAAAAAGAGAGCAAGAGUGAAGAGAGGGAGAAGGAAGAAGAGACAAGGGAGGAAGAAGUGGGAGUAGGGGAAGAAGAUGACAGGAAGGAGGAAGAAGGAGGAAAAGAGGAGGAGGAGGAAGAAGAAGGAAAAGAAGGGGAGGAGGAAGAGGGAAAAGGGGAGGAGGAAGGAAAAGAGGAGGAGGAAGAAGGAAAAGAGGAGGAGGAAGAAGAAGGGGCAGAAGCAGAGGAAGAAGGGGAAGAGGAAGAAGUUGAGGCAGAGGAAGGAAAAGAAGGGAUGGAGAUGGAGGAGGGAGAGGAGGAGGAAGAAACUGGAGGAGAGGGAGAAGAGGGAGAAGGAGAGGAGGAGGAAGAAGAAGAAGCGGAGGAGGAGGAAGAAGUGGAGGAAGAGGAAGAAGAAACGGAGGAGGAGGAGGAGGAAGAAGAAGAAGAAGAAGAAGAAGAAGAAAUGGUGAAGGGAGAGGAGGAGGAAGGAGAAAAUGAAGAGGAAGAUGUGGAAGAAGAAGAAGAAGAAGCUGAAGAGAGUCAGGAAGAAGCUGAGGAAGGGGAAGAAGGCAGGGAGGAGGAAGACAAAAGAGAAGAGGAAGAAGAAGAGCAUGUAGAGGAAGAAAAAGCAGUCCAGAAAACCAAAGGUCAUAAACAUCAAGAAAAUAAUAAGAGGAAACAGGAGACAUAUGAUAAAAUAAAAAGCUCAAAACAAAGGGUGACAUCAAAACAUGUUGUGAAUGGACUUCAAAAUUCACAAUUUUGGAACAAUGUGCUGCCACAUUAUUUGACACUAAAGUAGCCCUGAAGCUCAAUUUUACAUGGAAAUUUUGUAUAGGGAAUUGUAAUACAGCACUAUGCCAAAAUUUAUAUUUAUUUCUUAAUGAUUUUUUUUACUAAACAAUUUUACUUGCCAUUUUAUAUAAAUUCCUCAAAUCUCAACUUUAUAAAACACACUAAAGGCAGUCUUGUGCUGUGACAAAUCUGCCAGUGAGAACCAGGUACCAUGUUCAAAUUAUGAGAUCUCCGCUGUUUCAGAUUAAUGCUAUUUCACUGUUGAGUUUUUUGAACAUUGCAUGGUCACAAAAGCUGUGUAUGGUGUGUGGACUAAAGGUUUUCUUGUACUGAGAGAAAAUACUCCAUGCGUUCCUUCUUUGGACAUAUUGUUUCAAGACACGCUGGCUGGCUGUCUCAGCUUGGCAGUCCUAUUAGGGGGGUAAUACCGAAAGAACAGUGGCAUGCCUAGGACAGUAGAGUUCUCUGGCUGUACUUCAUAAAUCUUCUGCAAGAAGUGGUGGAAAGGGGAAGGUGAAUGAAACAGGGUAUUGGUGACAACCCCCUCAAGGGCCAGAUAAGCUAGGGGCCAAUAAGUGGGAGUGGCUCCCACUGUAUUCUUCAGUAAUACAGGUUACAGGUUUCCUGCAGGCAUCGGGCUCUCUGCUGUUGGACAGAGACCGGGAUCCAAAGAGCCCUUUAGGCAUGCUCAAAGGGCUCUCUGAAUUUUCUCUCUCAACUACAGGUGCUUACUGCAUUGCACUUUUAUUAGAGAUUGCUCUGGGGUGUCCACCAAAGGGAGUGACUAUUUAGGGACGAGGAACGGUGGCAUGAGAAGUCAUAUCUUGCAUGCGCCAUGCACACUGAAUGAUACAGACCUUUGGUCUGAUCCAGCAAAGACAAUAGUUUUGCUCUUGCAGCCAGCAGUGCAGCCAUGCCAUAAGAGAGUGAUGGGGAACCGGUGACCCUGCCGGUGUUGUUGGAUCCUAGUUCCCAUCAUCCCUGACUGUUGGCCAUUCUGGCAGGGACUGAUGGGAGUUGGGGUUCACCACCUUC